AUGGCGUCUGGCUGGUUCAGCUCAUCGGCCAGCGAUCCGACGCGCCCUCCGGAUGUUCGCGUCCAGGUCGCAGAACAGAAACCACACGACUUCUAUCUGCAGCCCAGCUCUGGUGGCCAUGCUCCGGGACCAAGCCGCGCGACAUCGACCAUGUACGUUGACAGGACACAUUCGAAGACGCAUAUUCACAGUGCUUCUCUGUUCGAUGUUGGCAUCUUGAAGGAUACCCUUGUCCCUUCACUCACUCUGCACUCUGGUCUGGCAGUUCUCGCCUAUGGGGCUGCACGAUAUACCAACCGUGUAGAAGCCAAGGACUGGCUUUGGCCUAGCGGUCAGGUGGUAAAUGCAUGGUGGUCUGCUGUAGGACGCCGCAUCGCUGCUGGCUAUACCGUUUCACAAGCCUUCACCCGCCUAUCUUGGCACGAACGCGUCAUGCUCACUGGUGUCACUUUAUGGGGAGGACGCCUCUUCUAUCGCAUUGCCCGCCGCUCCAUCCAGCGAGGCGAAGAUGACCCACGAUACGCUGAGGUCAAAGAGGAAGAAGGAUUCUGGAACAGCGCGCUGUUCAAGGUCUUCAUCCCAGAGGCCUUCUUCCAGAUGCUUAUCAGUCUUCCCUUUACAGCGCCUUUCCGUCAUGAGGGUGCUGUUAUGACUGGCUACCACCCUUUCAUCCAGAUGUUUGCCGUGGGCCUGUUCUCGUCCGGUCUAGCUAUGGAAACACUAGCCGACUACCAGCUCGACCAGUACAAGGCUGAAGGCAACAAGGGCAUCAUGCGUGAGGGUGUAUGGAGUAUCGUCCGCAACCCUAACUAUCUUGGCGACGCCCUCGUCCACAUCUCCUUCAUCGUGAUGCUUUACGGUUCCGAUAUGCUCGCCCCUAUUGAACUCCUCGGCCCCGCUGCAAACUACGCGUUUCUCCGUUUCUUUGGAGGUGACGCUGAGAAGGAGAAACACCAAGAGCGCAGAUACUCUGCGUCUCAUCCCGACAAGUUCCGCGAACUGGAGAAGUUCCGCGCUGACAAGAACGCCUUUUGGCCCAGCGUGGAUGAACUAAGCAACAAGUGGUUGUGGACUGUCUUGGGGGUAGGUGGACUGGGUGUUGCUGUUGAGCAGACGCUCAGAGCAUUUCAUUGA